AUGACGCUCGGUCUGCCUUGCGGCGCCGUGCUCAACUGCUGCGACAACUCCGGCGCCCGUAACCUGUACAUCAUCUCGGUGAAGGGUAUCGGUGCUCGCCUGAACCGUCUCCCCGCUGCGGGUGUCGGAGACAUGGUCAUGGCCACCGUCAAGAAGGGUAAGCCCGAGCUGCGGAAGAAGGUCAUGCCCGCCGUUGUGGUCCGCCAGAGCAAGCCCUGGCGCCGUCCCGACGGCAUCUACCUCUACUUCGAGGACAAUGCCGGUGUGAUCGUCAACGCCAAGGGUGAGAUGAAGGGUUCCGCCAUCACUGGCCCCGUCGGAAAGGAGGCUGCUGAGCUCUGGCCCCGUAUCGCUUCCAACUCCGGUGUCGUCAUGUAA